AUAUAGCACAGGAAAACGGGAUUGAUGUUGUCAAGUUGAGCAGCAAUGGCUUCUCCGGACCGAUGGAUAAUCAUCGGGGGCUUUUUUUGCACUCUGCUUUGUCUGCGCGGCCGGACCGCGGCUCAGCUAUCCUACUCCGUCGCGGAGGAGGCAGACAAAGGGACCGCGGUGGGAAAUCUGGCCAAGGAUUUCAACCUCAGCGCGCAGGACCUCCGAGCCACGGGGCUGCGCAUCACCUCCGCGUACAAAAAGCGAUAUUUCGACGUCGAUGUGGAAUCUGGAAUAUUGGUCGUCAGCGAGAGGAUAGACAGGGAGGAGCUGUGUCCCAACGUGCUGAAAUGUUCUUUAAACGUCGAAGCGACGAUGAGUAAUCCUCGCAGGCUUCACCAAAUUGAGGUUGUCAUUCAAGACAUUAAUGAUAAUGCUCCGGUUUUUAAUCAAGAAACUGCAACGAUGGAUUUGUCUGAAAAUUAUUUUCUCGGGGAAAGGCACCCGCUUCCCCUCGCACACGACGCCGACGUGGGCGUCAACUCCGUGAAGACUUAUAAAUUAAAGCCCAACGACUACUUUGCUUUGGAUGUGCAAAGCAGCGGCGAAAGUGUGUCAGCCGAGUUGUUACUGCAGAAAGCUUUAGACAGAGAAAAGCAGGCAGUCGUCGACCUCACGCUGGUCGCCGUCGAUGGGGGGAAACCUCCGAAAUCCGGCACCAUCCAAAUCCUCAUAAAUGUUCUCGAUGUCAACGACAAUUCUCCUUUGUUUAGCAAAUCUCUCUACAAGGUCCAAGUUGUUGAAAAUGCAGAUAUCGGCACCGUGUUGCUGACGCUUUCUGCCACCGAUUUGGACGACGGCGUGAAUGGGCAACUGACGUAUUCGUUUGCAGAACGAGGGCGAUUUAACCCCGAUCACGUGUUUGCCUUGAAUGAGAAUACAGGCGAAAUCAGCGUCAAAGCUGCGAUUGAUUAUGAGGACACUCAAGCCUACGAGCUCGGUGUCCAAGUGCGCGACAAAGGCGUUCCUCCUCGCUUGGCGCACAGCAAAGUCUUGGUGGAGGUCAUUGACGUCAACGACAACGCGCCCGAAAUCGCCGUGUCAUCUCUCAUGAGUCCCGUGAAAGAGGACGCUGAGAUAGGCGCUGCCGUUGCCAUGGUGAUGAUCACUGACAAGGAUGGGGGGGAAAAUGGCCAAACAAAGUGUACAAUUGUUGGAUCGGUGCCGUUCAUAUUGAAGUUGAACUACAAAAAUUACUACUCAUUGUUGGUGAACGGACCUCUCGACAGAGAGGCCACCCCCCGGCAUCUCGUCACACUCGCGGCGACUGAUGACGGAACGCCGGCUCGGUCCACGACGCGUGUCAUCGACAUUCAGGUUUCUGAUGUCAAUGACAAUCCGCCUCAUUUCGCGGAGCCUGCAAUUAAUAUUUAUCUGGAGGAAAACAGUCCAGUUGGAACAACUAUUUACACGUUGACGACUACGGAUGCUGACUCGGCUGAAAAUGGAAAAGCAGCCUAUCACUUGAUUGGAAGUUCUUUUAAAGCAACGCAAACAGCCUCGAUGAUCAACAUCAACUCGGAGAGCGGCGACAUCGUCAGCUUGCAGUCGUUCGACUACGAGACGCUGCAGACGCUGGAGUUCCAAGUUCAGGCCACGGACGGCGGCGUCCCUCCGCUCAGCGGCAACGUCAGCGUCAACCUUUUCAUCCUGGACCAGAACGACAACAGUCCCCGCAUUCUGCCGCCCUAUUCCGAGCACGGCUCGGCCAACGGCGAGAGCGUCCCCUACUCCGCCGAAGCGGGAUACUUUGUGGCGAAGAUCAGGGCCGUGGACGCCGACUCGGGUUACAACGCGCUGCUCUCCUACCAGCUGUCGGAGCCCAAAGGCGGCAACGGGCCGCUCUUCCGCAUCGGAAGCGGCAGCGGGGAGAUUCGGACCAGGAGGAGAAUGAGCGAGGAUGACCUGAAAAGUCACCCCUUGGUGGUGUCGGUGUGCGAUCACGGAGAAGCCUCCCUGUCGGCGACGGUGUCCAUUGAUGUGCUGGUGCUUGAAAGCACAGCUGACAUCCGCACUCAGUUCAGACAUGUGCCCAGAAAGGAGGAGAGCUUCUCCCGUUUGCACUUGUAUCUGCUCAUCGCCAUCGCGGCCGUGUCGCUGGUCUUUCUGCUCAGCCUGCUGGCUUUCGUAGCCUUCAAAUGCCGCAGACGGACGGACGGCGGCGCCCCCGUGAUUGCCGCCCACCCCGACGGGAGCUGGUCUUACUCCAAAGCGACGCAGCAGUACGACGUGUGUUUGGGCUCCGACACGCUCAAGAGCGACCUGGUGCUUUUCCCCGCGGCCUUUCCGCCCGCCGAGGCCGAACUGAUCAGCAUUCACGGAGGCGACACCUUUACCAGGACUCAGACUUUGCCAAACAGCGAGAAGGUAGGCUGA